AGAAGAAGAAACUGUCCGACUUGAUUGCAGUUUUUGUCACCGCCCCCUGCUGCUGCCGCCUGAUCUCGUCCAUUUUCCAGGCGAGGCGCAGUUCAUCUCGAACGAGCUGGUCUGCUGACCCAUACUCCAGUCCAGCUGGUGGCGGAAUAGUACGGCUGGUGUCCGAAUAAGAAACAGAGGAAGGAAAAUCAAAACGGAAUCAGCUAACCUAGCGGUCCUACGGUGAGGGCAGAGAGUUACCUCGCUGUUUGUUGACUGCUGAUGGACUGGCAGCAGAAGCCAUGAUUCAGUGUUCAUCUGUUGACAAGCAGCAUCAGCAAUGUCUGUCAACUCCCUCCUGCGAUACACCAUCAGGCUGGAGAGGAAACAUGUGGCCACACAUUUAGUCCAGCAGAGAGCUCUGUCAGGGGCAGAUGCUGUCAAUGCACUCAGACCGUUUUAUUUUGCAGUCCAUCCUGACUUCUUUGGUCAAUAUCCCAGGGAACGGGAAAUGAAUGAGAAUUCAUUAAAGAGGCUUAAUGGCUAUCUGGACAACCUGCAGAAGCCCGGCUCAUGCUCAGUUCAGCCAAUGAAGCUCACCUUUUAUGUCAGGGACACAAAGUACAGCAGUGAUGUGCAGCCAGACCUCCUCACCUCAGGGUUCCGGUCAGUGAGUUUCACCCUGCACACAAAUGAUGUCUUGAGCACGGUCAUGAACGUCUUGAAGUCCUGCAGACUGCCCAUGGAGCACAUGAAGGGACUGAAAGCAAGUGCAGAUACAUCUAAAAGUCCGCUCGAGGCAGGGGUGCCUUUCUACAGACCUAUCAAAUGGGAUAAGAGCUACUACACCUUCACUGGCUUCAGAGACCCUGAGCAGGAGCUGCAGCAGUCUAGGAGAGUGGAGCCUAGACUAAGCUUGUGGCUGCGAAACAACGAGCCGGAGGCAACAAAGAAGCACAGUGAUAGCCUUCCUCGGAGAGAAGAGCUGAGCAGACUGAAGAAAGAACUGUGUCACAAAUUUGAUCUUUCUGAUAUCAGGUGGCAGCGCAGCUGGGGAGUGGCCCACAGGUGCUGUCAGCUUCAAAGUCUGAGCCGACUGUCUCAGCAGAACCCUGAGGCCCUGAUCAACCUGCAAGGACACACAGUUGUGUUUGCUGACCAGUCAGGGAUGAGCGCCUCUGGACACGUCAUGCUGGGAACCAUGGACGUUCAUCAUCAGUGGACCAAACUGCUUCAGCAGCUGCCCAGCUAUCGGAGCCUGCAGCAGCAGACAGACUGGCUGAAGGAGAGGAUCAGCCUCCUCCUGGGUGGGACUCAAGUGGUCCAUGUGGAGAGGCUGGGACCAGUUAAGCACAUCGCUGAGCACUACAGCACCCUCAGCACCUUGCACAAGAGCCUGAUGUCCCGACGCCUUCGCCUGCACCCCAGGAGCCUGCAGGGGCUCACAAUGUUGUUGGAGAAUGGCCGCUCUAACCCUAGUCUGCAUGAGAUGGGGCACUUCAUUAUCCCCACCAACUGUGAUCCUCCCAAGCUGCAGGUCUUCCUCCAGAGCCACGCCCCCGAGGCCAGGCAACGCACCCAACGCAAAAACCAACUGCAGGCAGAGGAGGAGGCUCUGGUGAAGCUGUGUCUCCAAAAUCUGUCUCUGAGGAGUCUGUCCAAGGAGCCCAGUGUCAACUCCAGCCAAAUGAUCCUGUGCUGUAGAAGACUGGUGGAGCAGCGCUCCCCCCUCAUGCAGGGUCUCCACGUCUGUGUUUCUCACUUUUACUCAGUCAUGCAGGACGGGGACCUAUGUGUCCCCUGGGACUGGAAGAGCUGAGCUGGAGGGACACGGUCCCAAGCUGCAGGACUCUCAGUCAGUCCAAGUGUUGGAAAGAAGUAUUUUUAGAAGUUUAGUGUGUUGUUCAGGCAGCAAAUAGGUAUGUUUCACAGGAUCAUUUGUUGUUGAUGUCAGCUCAGAAGAUUUCAUAUCUGUUAGUUCUCAAGGGAAACCUUUGAAGAAAAGAAUCAUGUGUGGUUCAAUCAAGCAGACAAGUGUGGGCUCAUCCAUUAAGAAGCACUUUAUCCUCUCGCUGGAAAAGCCCAAUAGAAGAAGAAUUGGAUGGACAGCAGAGAUCAAUAGUUCCCAACGUGGGGGUGAGGACCCCCCAAGGUUCGCAAAAUGAUUCACAAGAAAGGGAAGAAGAGGAAAAACAUUUCUGCUGCAUACAAUUAUGUGUUAUUUUUUAUUAUUUCUCUAGGGUUUGCUUUUCGUCUAAAAUAAUUUGUCCUUCAGUAAUCAAAACGAAAGUCUGAGAACCAAAUAGUCUUCUGUCGAACUAUGAUAAGGGAUGUGGGUAGGCAUUGCUUGGCACAAACCAAAAAAGUUCGGAACCAGUGGCAGAGGUGCAAUAUGACUGAAGCUUUUUUUCCAGACAAGGGUUGAGGCUUUGACGUGCGCAUGGUUUGAUCGUCAGUAUUUUUUGUUGCUGCCUGGAGUUCACUGAGAAAUAAUAAAAAAAAUGGUUCUCUUAAAGGCACAAUCUGUGACCUAAAUGUAACAAAAAUAGUCACCAAACUCAUCAAAAUUCAAUACACAAUGUUAGAACCUGUUAUCACUCUGAUUGACAGACUGACACUAAACAGGCAAAAGGGUUCAGUAUGCUUAAAAUGAACUUGUUCAUAUGAAGUGGAGUCCAACCACGUUUAAAGGCUAAAUUGUUCUUCUGUUCAGAACGGUCGGACUGGAAGGCAGGGUGAAAAGUCUCCUGUCAAAGAGAGGGUUGAGAUGCAAUGAAUUGUAAAUAGAUUUAGAUUUUAUAUUUAUAUUUACUGUCCCAGAGGGAGAUUUAGUUUUCACAGCUGGUGCAACAUACAUAUACAUAUACAAUACAAUACAUAAAAUGUGUACAUUCAUGCCCCUUCCAGUAUUCCAACAGUGUCAGUGAGAAGGUUUGUUCAGGGCUGCUAUGGCAGAAGGGACAAAACUUCUGCUGAAGCGAGCUCUUGUCCAUUUUAAGGUCCUGUAUCUGCGACCAGAUGGUAGUAAUGUGAAGUGUUGAUUGAGGGGGUGAUCAGUGUCAUUUGCUAUUGUGAGUCCUGUCUAUGUGAUGGCUCUGUGGUUCAUGUCUAAGAGAUUGGAUGUGGAAAAAGGCAGAUGAUGGUGGAGGCAGUAUGUGUGAUGCCGGUAAGUUUACUUGUGUUGGAGAUGGUUAACAUGGUAAAGAAGCAUGGGGAACAGUACAACAGGAUGGGUUGAGUUAUGCUUUUGUAAAGCAACAACAGGAGGUGGGGGGACGACAAACAGUGCUCUGAGUUUGCGUAUGACAUGGAGUUUUUGCUGGGAUCAUUUAUGGAUAAAAAAGUGAUUUGUUGAUCAAAACUGAGUUUGAUGUCUAUAAUGAGUCCAAGGUAUUUGAAGCUGCUCACCUGUUCAAUGAUCUCGCCAUGGAUGGAGGUGGGGUACAGUCCAUUGUGGGGUGUUUGAUGUGCUAAUGACCAGUUCUUUUGUUUUGUCCACGUUUAGCUGCAGGUAGUUAUCAGUGCGCCAUUGUGUGAAGUGAGAAAUAGAGUUUUGAUAGGCUGUAAUAGUUAUUGUCAUUGAGUAUUGAGAGUAUGGUAUUUUCAUCAGUAUUUGAAGUAUGUGGUGAUGGGUGAAGGGCUGAUACAGUAAUUUGUAUAGAGGGUGUUAAGUUAUGAUAGUUAAUGAUGUAACUGUGCCUAGUCUAACAGCCUGUGGUCUGUUGCUGAGGACUGAAGCAAAGUUGCCUGGUGAUUCCAGAUGUUGGAGAAGGGAGUGGAGGAUACAUGCCAUGCAAACCAUGGCAACAGCUGUGGAUGUAGAUGCGGUGGCAAGUAGCUCCUUCAAACUUUGCUAAAUUUUUGUUUUAAUUUGUAUUUAUUACUUAAAGUAAUACACUCAUCAACAUCGGAAAAGGAAGACAGAACAUAAGACUCCCGUAAUACGAGAGGAGGCAAUGAUGCUUGGAGCUCAAACGCAGUUGAAGUGGAUGGACAUUGUUCCCCAGAUGUGUAAUUUUUAUUGUUAAGAUGUCAACCAUAUUAUCUGCCCAUAGAGUUCACCAGUGUUUUUGUUGCUGCUGUUGAUAUUCCUCCAGAUGCAAAUUCAAAAAACACACUUCAAGAACUGUAUGAGGUCAUCAGCAGUCACAUGACAAAACAACCAGAUGGUGUUUUUAUUGUAGCUGGUGAUUUUAAUCAAACAGACCUCAGAACUAUUUUACCUAAAUUCCACCAGCAUGUCCACACCAGGGGAACAAAUACACUGGACCGCCAGAGCGAGACUGAAAGCUGGCAUCAAGAAGGCAAAGCAGAGACAUCAGGAGAGACUGGAGAGAGACCUCAACACCAACAGCACCAAAGAUAUGUGGCAAGCGAAAGCAGGAGCACCUAAGUGAUGUGUGAGGCCACUUUACCAGAUGAGCUAAACUCAUUUUAUGCUUAUUUUGAUUUCCCCAACAAAGAGUCAGCUGUAAAGUCUACUCCGCCUCCAGAGGACCGGCUACUGUCAGUAUCCACAGCGGAUAUGGGAAGAAUCCUGCUGAGAGUGAAUAUGAGUAAAGCUGCCGGGCCUGAUAACAUCACUGGCCGUGCACUAAGAACAUGUCCAAUCAGCUGGUUGAUGUCAUUAAUGACAUUUUUAACAUAUCACUGUCUCAGGAGAGUGUUCCCACCAGCUUCAAGACACCCACCAACGUCCCUGUACACUCUAAACUGGUUCUCUGGCACAUAAAGAACAACAUCCCAGCCAGCCUAGACCCUCACCAGCUAGCUUUCAGAGCCAACAGAUCCACAGAGGAUGCCAUCUCCACUGCCCACCACUCAGUCUUCACACACCUUGAGAACAACACCUACAUCAGAAUGCUGUUUUUUGAUUUCAGCUCAGCAUUCAACACAAUCUCCCCCAUGAAACUGCACUCUGGGCUAAGACCCCAGACAGUUCGGAUUGGCAAUCACAUCUCCUCCACUCCUUUGCUCAACACUGGAGCCCCCCAGGGCUGUGUACUCAGCCCCCUCCUGUUCACGCUGUACACCACAUGAUUGCAGCCCCUGACAUGGAGAUAACUGUGUUGUGAAGUUUACCACCAUCAUCGGCCGGAUUACAAACAACGACUUCAUGUGAGACUUCAUAUUGGGAGGAAAUCAACAAUCUUGCAGGGUGGUGCACAGAGAACAUCCUACUGCUCAACAUCAGCUAAACCAAGGAGCUGAUCGUUUAUUUUAGAAAAAUGGAGGCAAAGACACACACCCCUGUCUACAUCAGUGGAGCUGAGGUGGAGCAGGUGAAUAGUUUUAGGUUCAUGAGAAUCAGCAUCACAGAGAACCUGACAUGGAUUUUUGUAUUUUUUAAGGUAACUUAAGAACACCAAAUUCCUGUGCCAAUUCCCGUUGCCAAGUUCUUGUUAUCUUUUACAGAGGAUCAAUAGAAAGCAUCCUGCCAGGAAACAUGACAAACUGGCAUGGGCCCAGGACCGGAGGGAAAUUACUUCUCUGACUUGCUUAUUUCUCCAAUUGUCUCUAAUCCCGUCUCCCGUGUGUGUCGAGUCAAAAUGCUUAUUGGAAUGCACAGAUUUGAUUGGCUGAGUAGCAUCACGUGAGAUAAUUUGGAAUGCAUGCAAUUGGUCUGUUUUCUGGGCUGCUAAACCAGUGCCGCAAAGGCAAUAAAAAUGCUCCAGCUCUGCAGGGCGAUGUUUCUCCCAGAUUAUGUCAAUGGGAUCUCCAGCAAGAAUCUAUGGAAGAAGGGUGCUUAUUUCCUAUCUGUUGAUUAUUCUAUGGGCCAUAAGUAUUUAAACCCUUCAAUACUUGUCUAAUAAGGCAUACUACGCCGGGGACAUACAGGAGGCAGAAGUGCUGCGAUGCACCGAGAAGCGCCCCGAAGCGCUGGCUGCUACCUUUUGGUGCCGAUGUUAACCAAUUGGGCUGUUCAGACAGUGCUUGCUGAUAAUCUAUUUUAAACAAUAUAAAUUUAUAUUAUAUAUGACAUAAAUGAUAUGAUUCUGAUAAAUAAGAGCCCAUGCUUGCCAACCCUUUUGAUUUCCCUGACCCUCUCCCUCCUGUUCUCCUGGAGUGAUCCCCCUCCCCCACGAUAAAAUAUCAAGAUCUGCCCAUCCACUAUAUUUAUUAGAAACGAUAUCACUGCUGUUUGUGAUUAUGUAUUUUAAAUUACAUACUUUAUCCACAGUCAGUCAGUUGUCUCUAAACAGAGAGCGAGAGAGACUGUGUGUGUGUGUGUGUGUGUGUGUGUGCGCACGCACGCACCUCCCCGCAGAUCAUCACACAAGGCUUUGUUGAUUGUUGCAGAAGAAGCGACGCCCCGCAGAAACACAAAGCUUUAAGUAAUAAAUUCAUGAUGUUAUAAUAAAGAUCAGCUCUUUAUUGUGAUUAGAAAAGAGCAGAAUCCCUUGUUGACCGGUGCAGAGAAAUGCGCCUAUGGUCUGAACAGCCAGGCUACUGCUUGCAGGAGAAAUGUCCUAGCGUGGCACUUCCGCCUCCUGUGUGUCCCUGGCAUUCUAGGCUAGACAGUGUCAUGCUACAAUGACUUCUAUCAUCAGCAGCUCAGCUUUUCUGUUUUUGUUUUGUUUGUUUUUUUACACAAAUACUGUCAUAUACCGAAUACCCCGGUGAAAUGUCAGGAAGGUAUGAAAAAAUAGAUACCGCCCAAGCCUAAUAUCACUUACUCACUCCAUGUUGCCUUGAAUUCCUGAAGAUUUUUUUCCCUCGCUACUGCCUCCACGUGAAUGUAGAAUGAAUCCAGAACACACUAUCCAGACUCGUUGAAGUUGAUGACGCUCCCGUUUUUAAAAUAGUGAAACUACAUCAAAACAUCCAUUUAAAAACUCUCACACAACUCGUGCAGUAUAAUCCAAGUCACAUUUAUCUAGUCGUGUGCUCAAUACUUCCACAAAACCUAGCUAAUGGAAAAAUUUCUUGCAGGAUUCCCUGACGGCAAACUAGUAUUACACACCUGUGGUUAAACACUCGUGCAUGCAGCUGAGAGCAACAACCGUAUGCGCAUGUGGUUGCUCAGGCGUGCCUAGGUUACGCUGCCACCUGGUGGAGAUCCCAAUAUACUACAAAGCAGUCAAACUGACCUAUAAUACUUGUUUUGGCUCAUAGACGAUGAGCAGUCGGUAUCUGCGUCAAAAAAACGUGAUCACACGUGAUUCACAACCAGUUAAGGCUUUUACUUUAUGAAAGGCUUGUUUUGUGAUCAUGUUUCUGAACUCCUUCUCCAGUCUGACCUUGUUUGGCCUUGAUAAUUUUUAAUCUGUCUGUUGAUUGUUUUAAGGAAAGCACAGCAUGUUGACAUGCCAUCUGUUUUUCUAGCGCCCUCAGCUACUAGCUCCUCUGCUGCUUUGGUGUUAGCACAGGGUGGGAUGUAAACACAGCUGAGGACCACAGUGGGGAAUUCCCUCUGGAGUUUCCCUUCGGGGAUCAAUAAAGUAUUUCUGAUUCUGAGAUAGAAGGGGCAUAAUGAUAGGGUCCCCACCAACCCUCUCCUUGCCCGACUGACUGGUCCUGUCAGCCGUAUGAUGGAAAAACUAUCGAGACUCACCUCAGAAUCUGGGACAGCCUCCUCGAGCCAGAUUUCAGUUAGGUUGAUGAUACAGGUGUCCCUGACGACCCUCUCUACCAGGCACUUGGCAUGCAGUAAAUCCAUCUUAUUGCGAAGGGAACAUACAUUCGCCAGUAUGGUGAGAGUCUGAAGGGACGCCUUCCUCAAUCUGGUGUGUACACCUCCACCCCUACCUAUUUUUCUUUGUCGGAUAGAAGUCUGUAUUUGUAGAAGAUCUUCCCAGCUAUAGGUGAAUGGUCUGUAGCCGCUAACCUCUGGUUGUAGCGCUGAGGUGGUGAUCCAUAGGAUUAUGAAUGUAUGGGGAUAAGAGCACGCUUUCAGACCAUAUCCCCUGGAAGACAUUCAUGGUGUUGCACUUGGCUGUUCACAUGAAAAGUGACAGAAAUAGUUGUGAAGAAUGAAAAUGAAAACUUGUGAGAGAAGUUCAAACCCUGAUUACUUUCUCACCUGCACACACCUGACCAAAGUGGGUAUGAUUGUCAGAUUGUCAAUCGAAAGUAAAAAGUUAUGUCAGACAGUCCCCAGUUCAGCCAUUGAAAUAGUGUGGAGGGCGGGGGUUUCAGACCCUGUUAAAUGAUCCAACGAGAACUUAAUUUGAAGCAUACUGAUGCCCUUAAUUUAUCAAUAUUGCUAAUGUAGUAGUAUCAAAUGCAUGUAGUCAAGUCAAACUUUAAUUAUAUACGUGUGUAUAUAUAACUGUAAUUUAUGUGAUCAGAAACAGCACUGUGGGGAGACUCAUAACUUCACCAGACAAUCCAGGAACACUGACCAAGACUUUCUACAGUGUUACGUUACAAGUUGGAUCCAGCACCUGACACCUUAUGUGUCGUUUAUAUGUUGUGUAUAGAGGAGAAAGGACUAACCAGGACUGUAUAUCCAGAGUGUGUGAUAAUGGGUUGUUUCACUGGAUGGAGCUGUUUUGGACAUACUGGACAUUUCAGAUGCUGGUGUACAAGUCCAGAGUCCCAUCCAGAGUUGAUAUGGCUUUGGUUAUGGAACCAUCCUCAGUCAUUUGAAACACUAUUAGUGUUAUACACAUGGGGGGUGGAGUACUUUUGUGAUGUAGAUUUGAAAGGUACCAUAGCUGUGAAUCAGAUGGUUCUUCUCAAAUAAAAAUGAUAAUUUCA